GUGUUUCCUUUCGGGAAUGACUGAUCUUUAUAGUUAGGAUUGACUGAUAAUAUUGGUCUUCAAAAGGAAUCACAAUACGAAUACUCUGAUUUGUUUUGGUUGGUUAUGAGAUUUCGUUGCAAUCAUCAAGCUUGAUGAUAUCACGUUUUACCAGCGUGUAAAUUUGGACCCAUGAAGUGAGUUUGAGAAAUGCUCUUGGUAAAUGCAAUUUAUCUUGUUUUGCUAACAAGAACAGACACAUCUUAUGGCCACCUACUAACUACGCAAUCUACCAAGUCGAAUUGAUCUCAACAGUGGAAGGAAAAAAAUUCUUGAACAAGACCGCCUAUCACCAAAUAGAAAUUUUAGGUUACUUGAAUCACACGAUAACACACUAAGUGGACUUUAAUACUAUUCGUUAGCUGUCUCAACAUCUCUUCUAUAGUUCUAUAUUCAUGUACCUCUCUCUAUGUUCACAGCUUCUGGUUUAACGUGUCCGGUUGCUUAAGGUAUGCGCAUGGCUUAACCUUUUAACAACUGCUUUUGCUGCGUGUUGGUCUAAUUAAGUCAGAUCACUAUAUAUAGUCGCUAGCGUAGACAAAAAAAAAGUGUAAUGCUUUCUCAUAUCAUUGAUUAACCUCAAAACUAAUUACAAAUCACAUGGCCGUUGAAUUGGAAUAAUCUCGUGACAUUUAUGUGAGAAGUAGAGUGGAUGGAUAUAAUACGGUCGAGUGGGAUCAUAAUACAACCGGAGCUAGUUCAUAUGAAAUCAGAUGUUGAAAGUUACAUUUCUGUUCAUUUACAGAAAAUAAAGUUUGAUCUUUGUGUGUGUCCUCAGCUGAAAAUAUAUAUUGGGUGUACUACCAUGAGUUUGACAUUCAUGUUGGUCUAUUUUUUUUUUUCAAAUGGCAUAGAAUUAAAAAUUUAGUAAGUUAAGUUUAUCAGGUAGUUUGGAAUCUACAUAGUAUAUACAUUUUCUCUUAUUCAAAUUUAUAGUUUGAAAAGUAUAUACAUACAUUAUUCUCUUUUAGCAAUUCAUGUGCAUUAGUUUUUAUUUGAAUAAUUUUUCUUGUGUUAUUUUAUUCAUUAAAUCUUCUCCUGCACAUUCACAAACUAUAUCCUAAAACUAAAUCAGAUAUUUAUAUUUAUUUAAUUAACAUAAAAACCCAUAAAAAUAAAUCCCCUAAAAACCAAUGAUUUAGUUAUUUAAUUUUCUAACUAAAUAAAAAUAAAACAAAAAGCAAAAUACAAAAUCGUCUCUCACUAGUCGCUAGUCACCACUAUAUAUAUAUAAUUUAUCAGAAGAACUCUGCUAAAAAAAACCCUCGCUUUCUCUCAAAAAACAGAGUCUUUCCAAGAAAGUUUCUUCCUUUUUCUCUCUCGAAUGGAUUCUAACGAAACCCACCAACAGCAGCAGAAUCGCAACGCCGCCGACGCGUUAGCGGGUCCCACCGCCCCUUCUCAGGCCAUGCACAACCGUUCAUCUGUCGGGGCUCUCUCUCUGCGCAAGCCUCAACCUCUGCAAGGGGUCAUGCUCCACGGAUCGCCUUACUCCGCCUCCAUCGAGAAACGAGGACGAGGAAGACCGAGGAAGUACGCUCCUCCUGAUGUCAAUGUCAAUGUCAAUGUCAAUGAUGGCGGAGGUGCAAAUGCUGGCCCACCUGCUAAACGCAGAGGUCGUCCUCUUGGCUCCCGUACUAAGCAGCCGCGCAAAGCUUCAGGAGGAGGAGGAGGACCGCUUACAGCUCAUGUCAUUAACGUCAAUACUGGAGAGGACAUAGCUAUGAAGGUAGUGGCGUUCGUGAAUCAAGAACCACGCGACGUCUGUAUUCUCUCAGUUUCAGGAGCUGUAUCUAGUGCGGUGAUUCAAUCUCACAAUCCUUUUGGACUUGUUAAGCUUGAGGGCCUAUAUGUUAUCACUCAUAUGUCAGCUACUUUCUCGAAUACUGAGAGUAAUGGUGGUACUGUGACCAGAACUGGUAACUUGAAAGUGUCUCUAGCUGGCCCUGAUUUCGCGGUUCUGGGGGGUUUUGUUGGUGGAAUGCUUGUAGCUGGAUCACCAGUCCAGGUCAUUGUUGGAACCUUUGUACGAGAGGGAGUGAAACUGAGCACAGAUUCAGCAUCAGCCCAUGUGUUGAACUCAGAUGGUGGUGGUGGACCAGGAUUACCUCAGUCUCAGGGACCAAGCGAGUCAAAUGCUAGUAAAUCUCUUGGAAACUCUACGCCACAACCACCUCACCAUCUUCCACCGCAACAAUCCUCAAUAAGUAAAUGGUUCAUGGGUCCUUCUCACUAAGGGGUUGACUUCUUUGUUCCAUCAGAAUUGUCCAUAAGUGGAUUGAUCUUUCUUACUCUCUUGUCUUCUUCUUGUUCAUACUUCUCUUCAAUGUAGCUAGAUAAACAGAAAAAGAGAGAGAUGUUAAAGUAGGGUUGGGUUCAUACUUUUAGUUUGUUACUUCGUUUCUUUUGAUUGUGUGAUGAUUCUGUAAUCAACGAAUGAUCCGGUUUAGUUUCCAAGAAGGUUUCAGUUCAUUUUUUUU